AUCUAACUCUAAAAAUGACUACCCUGGAAGUCAAAGAUCAUCCACUUUCUACUACAGAGUUCUUCACUGGAACUCUAGUCAACAAUUUGCCUGAAGGCAAGGGAAUUAUUCUUAUCAAAAGACCUACUAGCUCUGGUGAAAAAGUUGAUAAAUUCGAAGGAACAUUUGUCAAAGGUGUAAAAGAGGGAAAGGGCAAAUAAGACCAAUGCUGAUGGCAGUAUCUACGAAGGGAAUUAUAGCAAUAACUUACCUAAUGGUUAUGGAGAAGGCAAGUGGCCUUUAUCCAGCCAAAAUACGAAUGAAGAGGACAAAGGAGAAGAAGCUAAGAAUAUCAAAAUCAAAUACAAAGAGACUUAUAAAGGUGAGUGGAAGGACGGACUAUUCCAUGGAAAAGGUAUCAAGACUCAAGAAGGCACUAUCUACGACGGAGAAUGGUAUAAAGGAGUACCUCACGGCUAUGGAAUUUGCACAUACGGAAACGGUACCAAAUAUGAAGGUGAAUGGAAAAACGGUCAGCCGGUAGAAAAAGUUCAGUCACAUCUCAAAAGUACUUCAAAAGCAAGUACACACAAAAAGAAGAAGGAAGAUAAGGAGGGUUCGAAAUAAAUCCUUACUAUCUCAGAGCAAGGGAUCUCAUGGAGGAAUAGAUUUAUCAAAAUUAAAAGGGCUCUCUCUUGAUCUCGAUGAUUCCAAGAGAAAAAUAAAGUUAAAGAAGAAAUCAGAGAAGAAAUCUCUCUUCUUCAAUGACUCUUCCAACUACGAGGGAGAGAUCAGGGAGGAUGUCCCCCAUGGAAAGGGAAAAAUGACUUAUAGGGAUAAGACAGUUUAUGAAGGAAACUUUGCCAAUGGCAAAGCCGAAGGCUUCGGCAAGAUUUAUUUCCCUGAUAAGAGCAUGUACGAAGGAACCUGGCUAAAUGGGAAAUAUGAAGGCAAAGGAAAAUUUAUAUCAAGCACUGGCUCUACUUAUGAAGGAGAGUGGAAGAACGGCAAAUUUGAAGGAAAAGGCACAUUCAUAUGGCCAGAUAAGUCAGAGCAUAUAGGAAACUGGAAAAAUGGCAAAGAGCAUGGCCAUGGAAAUUUUAAAGGUUCUGAUGGUACUUCGUAUGACGGAGAAUGGGCAAAUGGAAUGUUCAAUGGUCAAGGAAAGCUUAUCAAUAAAGAAGGAAAAGUGUUUGAAGGUUUGUUCAAGGAUUGCAGGUUUAUAAAGAAAAACAGCAAAGCUGAUUAA